GGCAGCGCAGUUCGUUUUUGUCUGUUCGCGCGCUGUCAGCGGAAAACCGUUCAAGAUGGAGGCGGGAGAGUAAGAAUGUUAAAGUAGAGAGAGAGAGAAAAUCUGUUAGAGCGUGUGAGUUACAGAGAGCUGGGUCUGAGGAACCAUGGCCAGCUCUGGGCCCGGCCCCUGGAGGAAGGAACGCCUUUGGAGUGGGCUGUUGGCGCUGGGCUUCAACCCGCCCCGGGAUGAGGCCCGCCCGGGGCCGAGUAGCGCCGGGAGAAACCGCGUCGUCUUCGGCAGGGAUAUGUUUGACAAACCGAGCAUGGAAGCAUUUCAAGUCGUCGUGCAUUUCUUGUUCCUGCAAUUGGACCACAAUCGGGCCAGUUCUCUUUUCAGGGAUUGUUGGCCUAUUUAUGAUAAGAAAAGUGCUGCAUGCUUUAGGAAAGUGUGCUUUGAGUGGAUGAAGAAAAUUGCGGACGAAGUCGGAAACAAUUUUCCGCAAGUCACAGCAUCAUUAUUUCUGUCUCCUGGAGGCCCAAAAUUUACUAACUUAAUGUACCAUUUUAUUAAAUAUGUGCUCGUGUGCAAGUUUCAUGAAGCUGCAAAAGAUAGUACCUGGAAAACAAUGACAUUCAAUGGAAAAGAAGAUGCCAGUUUAUCAGCAAUGAAAAGUUGUAUUGCAGCCAACUGGUUUUUGGAAGGAAUUCAGAAAGAAGCUUUUGUUGUUGGAGAAUACAAGAGGAGGGAAGAAUUAAUGGUUAAAGAAAAUGCAAUGUUGAAGAAACAGUACGCAGAAAUGAAGGGUCACCUGGAAAAGGUUAUUUGUGGCUUUACUGAAGCACGUAAUCAGAAACAAGAGGAGCUACGUAAAAUGUGGAAUAUUGUAACAGACACAAUGUCUGAAUUAGAAGAAGAAAAGGAAGUAAUUGAUUCAUUAUUAGAUGGGCGAGUGGAUCUAUACACUCUUGAUGGAACAGAUGUCACAUUAAAAGUACCUAGACAACUCAUAAUUAAGAUUGAAGAAGAAGCUGAUCAGAUUGGUGACUUGUACAAAGCUGGUAAACUGAAUCUUGCAGCAAUAAUCCAGCUAUGCAAUUCAUGUCUCUCUCUUCAUGAGAGUCAGCAUAACCAAGUGGGCCCAGCAGAACUAGAACAACAUCAUCUUACCUUGGAAAAAUCAGCAGAGUUCCUGAAAACUGAACUAAUUGAAAUGAAGGAGAAAAGCCAGAAGAUAAUGCAAGAAGUUUUCCCAUCAGUGCAAGCAUCCAUAGUUAAAUUGGAAGCUGCAUGGGAUAAGAAAUGGGAACAGUACUCCAGUAGAACUGGUUAUUCGCCAGUGAGAAGAAAAUAUCCCGUACUUGAUCUUCUCCCAACUAUGCCACCAUUGUCUUUUGAACCAUCUUCAGAAGAAGCAUAUAAAAGUAGUAUAUUUUAUACACACUCUGCAACACUUCCAGGACUUGAAGAAUCAUGUACAAGAAGUUCAAAAAAGGGUGAUAGUGGAAUAGGAAGCAUUACAAGAAGCUUUAAUGACCUAAGCACAUCAAGGUUGCAGUGUUGUGGAAGAUUCAGCAUUCCGUUUGGAGAUCCAACUGAGGAAACCCAUUUAACAUCUCUUGGAGAGGAAUCUGUUGAAAUCCCUUGGAUAAAAAGACAAUGUCUUGAAAGCAAGUUGCAGAAUUCAAGUGCAAAUGUAAUGGAGAAAGAACAAAAUGAUAAAACUCCAAAUAAGUCAUAUCUGAACAAACUUAAAAAUCUGUCUAAGAAAGCAGAAGAAUCACUUCAGAAGGCUGUUGACCAGUUGGCAGAAGAGGUAGCAGAUACUGUCAGCAAUGAUUCAGCUGGAUUAGCUACAAAGGGAGAUGUACCCCUUGAUGACCUAUUUGUCUCGCUGAGAAAUCCUUUCACUGUACAAUCAGAACUGCCAAGGACACCUGAAAAUUUGAGUAAGCCUUCUGUUAAUGGUCUUCAGUUUACAGCAGAGACUGUCACCCAAGAAGCAUCUAGAUUAACUGAAAAGGAAGAUGUGCCCCUUGAUGACCCAUUUAUGUCUAGAAAUCCUUUCACUGUACAAACAGAACUUCCAAGGACACCUGAAAACUUAAUUACAGACAUUAGGAACUCCUGGAGAUGUGCAGUUCAGGAAUCGGAACUUCAACUAAAGAAAUACCAGGAAGAGUCUCUUUCAAUACAUCCAAAACAUGGAAAUCAGACAAAUGGCCAAGUUCAGUUGGAUACUGGACAAUCUGCAUCUGCUGCAAGUCAAAAUCUGACCGGAUCUAUUAAUGAGAAUUCUCUCAAAAGCGCUACUCCUCUGGCUUGUUCCAGGCAGAACAACUACAUUCUGAAAUCUGAUCCUAGAAGGGAAAAAAACAAAUACAGGCAAAGCAGUUGGGAGGAAUCCAAAAUUGAUUGCUCACAUGUUGAAUCAGGGGAUGAGCCACACCACUUCAGUAAUAAAGUUGCAGAUAGUGAUGCAGCUGAUGCAUUUGUUCAUAAAAAUCAAUGUCCUCAUGAUUCCCAAAGUUUGGGUGAGGAUUGUGCCUUCGCUUCUAAAGCAAGUGCCACGACUAAUGUGACUAUAACAAGUGAGACGGUUUCUGAUCACCUACAGUUUUUGACACUUGACAGGUUAAGUUACAAGUCUCCAAUUAAGAAGGAGAAACUGUCAAAAAGUUUUGUGAUGGAAAUGUGCAAAAAUGACAUAACUUCAGAAAAUUUUGAGUCUUUUUCAUCCUCUGAAUGUGACUUGGACCGCACAGUACCUUGGAACAGAUCACAAAAUUUUGACACUGAUCUCUCCAGCUCAGCAAAGCCCCUGAGGUUUGGGAUUUUGCAGGAGACUAUUCCUGAUGUGCUCAAUAAUGAAAGUUUGAACAGUUCCAGAAAUAUGGAGGUUGGUCAAGUGGAUGAUUCCUAUUUGGACAUAAAGAAUUUGCGCAGUAGAUUUGAGCAAGUAUGUAAAGGUUUGGCCACCACAGUGUAUGGUGGAAGUGAUGAAAAAUAUUUAGCUGAACGUACAGAAACUUCUGAUUUCCACAGUAACAGCAAUGGUAAAGACAAUUAUAAGCCAGAACAUGACAGUGAAAUAGAUUCAAUUGAUGAAGAAACUGGCUCGGAUAAACUUUUUUCCUUAGAAACAGAAUUUUUGAAAGAUCUUUCACUAGUGUCUUUGGAAUUUCCACCUUCGUUGGGAAGCACUCUGAAUGACACAGUGGUUGAAGAUGAUCUUUUUGGCUUUUCUGAGCAUGAUCCUUCCAACAAUGACAAAUCUCAAAAUGCUCUUGAUUGUGAAAAAUCUUCUACCAACGUGGGACAAUUAGUUAACUUUGAGUAGGGCCUGAGUGUUCUUAUUAGAACUUUAGGAAAUAGCUGAAGAAGAAGAGGAGCUCCUUGAGCUCCAGUGUUUCAUCCAGUAUGAUUGAUUGUCUUCUGCCUUAUUGCCAUUUGACUGCCUUCCAUUUCCCUUGCUUAUUUGAGAUCUGACAUCUUGAACUACUUCAACCUUUGUAUAUACAAUGAUAGAAGCAUCCCCAGACCGGGACAGAUGGUUGCAUCGAUCCAGUCUUUUAACCGAAGAAAUUUCUCCUUAUCUCAGUUGCAAAUUAUUAAUCCCCUUGAUCUGAGAUUAUAUCCCUGUUUGUGGGUUCCCCAGCCAGUGGAAACAGCCUGUACUAUCUCUCUUCAGGAAUUGUUAUUUUGCAGUUGCGUUGCAUCCCACUUCUGAGUUUGAUUUGUGUAGGAACUAUUUACUAGGUCAUUCAUUAUAGAUCAGUCGUGUCAUUGCAGGAACCAGUCUAAUGAAUCUUCAGCUGUACUGUUUGUACUUUGCUUAAAUUUGGAAACCCAAAAGUGUACACAGUAAUUCAGAUGUCUCUCUAAAAUCCUGUGCAAUUGUAGUGAGAUCCCAACACUUGGUUGAUGACCUGACUAAUGUAAGAUUAGCUGGUCUGUCACUUCGUGAUUUCUCCUUCUUACUCUUGAAUAGUCGUGUAGAUUUACUAUCAUCCAAUUGACAGGAACUUUUCCAAAAUCUCUGGGAUUUUGGGAAAUCUUAACCAGUAUAUGCCUGAUCACUGUAGCUACCUUUUGAGGUAGACUAAGCACUAAUCUGGAACCCAAACUAACUCAAUGUUGGGAUAAAAGGGAACGAACAUUGGAAGGCCCAAUUGCCCCACUCUUGUUUCUUUUUUAACGGAUGGUCCAGUAUCAUAUUUUACAUCUUUUUGUUCUAAUUGAUCAAAAAUAAAAUGUAAUUUUGGAUGCACAAAUUUGAUUAAGGUCACUUCCCGUCGAAUUUCAAAUAUGUAUUAGGAAGAUGGUCAUUUUAGUAUUUGUAGGUAAUCUUUAAAAUACCACACUGGCUUGGACCUUUUUUGAGCUAGUUGUCUGGUAUUCACAGGCUAUAGGUGUAUAGAUUCAGAUUACUCAUAUUUAAUCUCUGGACAUGCUGAACACUGACAUCGUUUAAGUUUGAAAAUUUGUCCUUGGUGAUAUCAUCCUUCACAUUGGAGGUGAAUUCUAAGGAAAUCCCAAUAUUUUGCAACCAUUUGUCACCUUUCUUGGUCCCCAUUUCUUCUAGAUUUUAUAUGACUUAACUUUUGUACUUGUAAUUAAUAAAUAAAGCAUUUUAUAAGAUUAUGAAACAGAAGUGAGUAUAAAUUAACUGUACUGUUUACUGUAGUUCCUCUGUUCUUGUUGAUAUUGUGCCAGUGUGACCUUUCCUCAUUGCCUUGGCAGCAGCUGUCCCAAAUUUUAGUGCCUCCUUCAGCAUGUUAUUCUGGACUUUGGAAUGUGCCAGUCUGCAAAAUCCAGUUGAAGGAAACUCUGCAUUGGAAGGUCAACAAGUUUCUGGGAAAACAGAGGUCUUUCACUGAGUUGUUGGUCCUUUUGGAUGUAGUUUGUCUCAGUUGUAUCCCAAGGAAAAUAGAGAUCAUGGACAUGGCUCAGGACAAACUUUGACAAAAACCACUGCAUCAAAGCCUAGUCUAGAAGGAGACGGUCAGCUUGAACACAGUGUACAUUGGCCUAGAGACUCUGCAUGAAAGAUCUCCUCCUUGCCACCAACCAAUAGUUUUUUGGACAGUUUUUGCGAUGGUGCAUUCUGUCAGUCUGCCCAGGGAGCCCUGACUGGACCCAUCAUCUUU